AUGCUGAAGGUGGGCUCGGUUCCACGCUCAUGUAAAUCCCUGAAGGCUUCCACUAAUUUCAGCAGCCUUUCCUUGCUCUUUCUAUCACCAGUAUUGCCCGUUAACUGGCAAAGUGUCUCUCUGGGACUGAAGGUACCUAUCAAGGACUCUAUUAAGUGGCUUCCCAAGUCUCCUAAACUGUACAGUGGCCAUCACUGGAGCUCCCAGGGCUCUCGCUGGGCCUCUUCGAAAGGAAAGGAAAGUUUUCAUGGUGGUAACCUGUACAAAUUCAGCUCUGCCAAUGGAAAAUGGAGGGAAGGAAGGAUCAGUCCUGAGCAAGAAGCAGAGGAACUGGAAGAUCCUGAUGAUGAACCUAUUUCCAAGUUUUCCGGCAGCCUUUUUGAUACUGAUGACAGCAUGAGAGAUCAAAGAAAUACCAGAACAGCUCUUCAAGAAAAGCACAAGUCGGCAAUAAAAGGGAAGACUCUUGCAGGGUCUAACACUAAGGUGCAGCCACCUGUCUCAGCAGCGAGCAGCUUCCCUGGCAAGAGCGGCUGGAUCCCAGAGGAACUGAGGGCGGUGGAUGUGCCGCAGCCCCCACUGAAGACCACUUCUCAAGAAUCUGGAACCAAACCACUGACCUUCACGUUCAUACCAUCCAUUGGAAGACUUCCAACUCAUUUUGAUGUUGUAGAUGUCUCUAAGUUCCUUGUGACAAUUCCAGAUGAACCAAAGGAUCUGAGCAAUCAAGAAAUUAAUAAGCCUAACGCAAUCUCUGAUGAGUUGGCCUUAAAGAGCGGGGCCAGGCAAGACUGUGUGUCUGCCAUCUGUACAGACAGCAACCGAACGGCUUUCCAGUCCCUAGGGUGUAACUCAAGCAAAGGAGAAAUGCAGGAGAAUGACCUUUUUAAGGCUGAGUUUAUCCUGAUUACGGACUCCGGUGAUGAAGAUGAAGUAGCUGCUGCCUCGAACAACGUUCAUCUGCCUUCCAAUGGCUAUGGUCCCAUCAGUGCUCAGCUGCUGGCCACGUCCCACGUUUCCCCUGGCAUGGGGGCAGGGAAACCUCCUGGCGAUGGGCACGUUCCAGGUGCUGCACUUUCCCAUAGCACUGCUGAUCCGCAAAAACAUCAGUUAAUUUCUACUCUUUCCACCUCUGAUCAUCUUUCCUCUAAACCACCUGCUGUCCGCUUAAUUUCUCCAACUAAUCAGAAAGUAGUAUGUGGUGCCAUGGUUAACCUGAACCAAGCCUCUUCGCUGGAAGACUCCCGUAACAACUGGCAGUCAGCAACUGGGUUUUCUAAGCAAGAUUCAUCUCUCUACUUUCAGUCUGCUUCCCAUAGGUCACCCCCCUCCAUGUCUAAAUUAUCUUCUUCUGCAUCGAAUAGUUGUUACUCCACUCCUCGAUUGUAUGAGAACCUGCAAAACCCAAGUCUCUAUACCCCUGUCUGUGUUUGCAAAUUGGGAGACUUUACCACAUCCUCCAUGCCAGCAAAGAGCCCAAGUCUUUCCCCCGAUUCUCCAUAUUCAGCUGAAAUUCAAGGAUCUUCAGCUCAGCCUUUAUCCCCCAGUUCUUCCAAAAGAUUAAAUGCCUUAUCUCCUGUCCCUGUACAUAUAAGAACACAUUCAUUGUCUCCUAGCCCUAAACCUUUGUACCCACCCUCUCUUUUUGGCUCCUCUUCAACCAUAUGUAGUAUAAAUGAGCCUUGCACACAAAUGUCAUCUAGAGGGAAUUUAGCAAAGUCAGGAGUCAGAUCCCCUCUGCCAACCAGACUGACCCUCUUAACUGCUAUUUUGAGAUCAGGCUCUUCUCAGCGGAGACCGCUUUCCCCUGCUUCUUGUCCCACGUUUUCUCCUAGCUCCCUUGGUUCAUCAACACUUGCAAUAGAUCAAAAGUCCAAAACAACUCCCCCAACCCCCAAGAAAUCUGUUUCAAGCCCUCCUAUAAGGCCAGAUUCUCCCAGAAGAGAGGAAUAUUGGCUUUCAGGGUGGGCUCAGCAUCAGCCUUUACCCUCCAAGCCUCAUCCCACCCCUAGGGCGAGGUCCCUUUCUCCUAACAAGCACCUUCCAGUUGGAAUGCUUUCUCCAGACUCCCAAAGUCCUCUGUCAUCCCCCGUCUCCUCCCAUAGAAAAUCAGUUAUCUCUCCAGGUUUUCAGUCUACACUGCCUCCUCCUUGUGCCCCUGCACCCUCUUCUCUUGCACACCCUAUCUCUCCUUCUCCAGAAGGGCUGCCGUAUGCUGCCUCCAGGUCCCGAGCACCUCAGAAGUCUCAGAGAGUACACACUUACUCACCCAUCUUUACCUGCCGAUCAUAUCCUUUGCUUUCUUCUACCAGUCUUAGCGGCGUAUUCUCCCCCAUGCUAGAAAAACACUCAUCUCCUUCCCCAAGUCUUUUGCAUUCAGCUUCCAGUUCUAAAUCAGAUUCAUCCCAAACAUCUGUUCAGGAGAUGAGCGUCUCCUCUCCUACCCCUCCAACUAUCUCAAAGCAGUGGUCUCCCUCAAGGCCUUAUUCUACUCCACCAUUUCCACAAACCAGUAAUGUUAAUUCCCAUCCACUGCAGCUUAAUUCUUCAUUGGUGCGCACAAAUUAUAGGUCUAAUUCCUCCUCUACAAGACCUGAGCAAUCUGCCACCUCACUGGUGCUAAAGUGCAGAUCUCCCGUCUCAGACAAGUCACCAGGCACACUGCCUUCAAGACCCAGAGAGCUGACUUCACCACAAUCUUUUUCCCUGCCUCCUGACCAUGAGAACAUCAAACCCAAGCAGUACAAGAUCAAGACAAGCUACAAGGCAUUUGCAGCAAUCCCUACAAACACAUUACUUAUGGAACAGAAGGCAUUAGAAGAGCCAACCAAGACUGCUAUGGUGACUGAAGGCACUGCUUUGGAUACCCAUUCAGAGAUGUGCUCCCCUGCCCAGCUCAGACAACAAACAGAAGAGCUGUGUGCUGUCAUUGAUCAAGUCCUGCAGGACCCGUUGACUAUGCGCCGAUGCGAGUCUUCUCCAAGUUUUCUGCAGAUGGGUACAGAAUCAGAUGUUGGUAAGGUGUCAACAACACUGCAAAGAGCAGCUGGGCGUGAAACGAGAUAUGCCAACCUUUACAAAUCAGCACCUAUGGUAUCAGAGAGUCAGCUGACAAAACCCGGUGUCAUUCGUCCUGUGCUGGUGAAAGGAAAGACUGCACAGCAAAAGGAGGAACCCUAUCAACCCAAUCCUUUUAAAAAGUACCUUGAAGAAAUCGGCGAUCAAGAUACUGAGCAGCCCAGUCAUCCCAUAGUGCCUAUUCCAGAAAAUGAAACACUCAGCUCUAAGGAGGUUGCCAAUGAAAGAGGUUCUGUUUAG